AUGGGGGGGGGGGGUUUUGGGUUUGAAGGGGUUUUGGGGGGGUGGGGGGUGAGGGAGGGGAAGAGGGGGGAUAAGGAGGGUUGUAGAGUUAGGGUGAAGAAUAAGAUAGAAGAUGGGGGGGAGGAUGAAAGAGGAGAGAGGGGUAAAGAGAGGGGGGGGGGUGGAAUUGUGGGUAGGAGGAGAAGGGGUGGGGGUGAUGGAAGGGUGAGGGAUGGGGGGGGAGGGGGGGAUUUGGGGGGGGUGGGAAAGGGGGUAUAG